AUGGACACCGGCUUCGUCCAUCACUAUUUCCCUCAAAUCUUCGGCUAUCUCAGCUACAUCGCUAACCUUCUCUUCAUCUACAUCUGCUUAAAAUGCACUCGUCCAAUGGGUUCCUAUAAAUAUAUGCUUGCCAUGUUUGGCGCUUUUGAUAUGGCCUACUCGGCAAUCGAUAUGCUCGUUGUAAUGGGUUCACAUUCCGAGGGAAAUACUUUUUGCCUUUUUAUCAGUGAUGGUCCGUUUAUUAAUGUGAGUUACAUACAUACAAGAGAGAACAUUGAUGUUUCUGAUCAUUUUAACAUCAAGCACAUGAGUAAAUUAUAAUACAAUCAUAAUUGAUAGGUAUGACUGACUAUUCAAUAGUUCAAUUUUCCAGUAAACAGAGUCAAAAAAAUUUUUUUCGUACAUUUCAAUUUUUUUGUACAUUUCAGGAAGUAGAAACCUUUUUCGUAUAUUUCAGAAAGUCGAAACCUUUUUCGUACAUUUCAGGAAAUCGAAACCGGUUUCACCGCUCUCUGCAUCCGUUGUGCAUUCGUCAGCCUAAGCUACGGUAUCCUCGAAGUCCAUUUCAUCUAUCGCUAUAUCGCCCUCGUCAAGCCCUAUUAUCUUCCAUGUUUCACCGAUCCAAAAUGGAUCACCCUCAUAAUCCUCGGCAUCCUCACACAGGGCACUCUUUGGUUCUGCGCUGUUUUCAUUCUUCUGAAAGGUGACGAUGAAAUGCGAUCUUAUUUAGCAGAACCACUUCGUAGAACGUAUGGUGUGGAUGUUUAUAAGAUCCCGAUUCUAGGAAGCACUUAUUGGGGAGCAUCGACUGGACUUAUUGUUAGAACAUCUAUCGGGAUUAUUAUUAUUACUUCGAUUUCUUGCUUUACGAUUAUAUUUUGUAUUUGGGUUGGAUGGACGGUAAGAACAUCGAGAUUCAUAAAGAUCGCAAAUUCAAGCAUCGAUUUUCAGAUCCACAAGAAGUUGGCAGUUGUCCAAAUGUCAGAAAAUACCAAGAAAAUGCAUCGAAACCUGCUUCGCUCCUUAGCUGUUCAAACUUUCAUUCCAUUUGUUAUAAGUUACUUACCGUGUACUAUAACAUGGACUGUUCCACUUUUACACAUCGAUUCAAAAACGUGAGUUUCUGUAAUUUAUAGAAUUUUCCGAACCUAGUCAUAUCUACACUCCAGAAAUCUCCGAAAAUUCCAGCCUCAACAACUAUGCCGCAAUGGCCAUCUCAAUAUUCCCAUUCGUCGAUCCAAUGGCAAUCAUCUUUUUUCUUCCCGAAUUCCGAACUUCGCUUUUCAAUAUCAUUUGCUUUUGGAAAAAACGAGCACGUGUUGCUCAAGACACGUCUUCUUCUGAUCAACGAGCUUGA